AUGGCUUCGUUCGAACCAAUUGUAGUGAUAUUUGGAUGUAGUGCAAGCAUUGCAGGUGCUAAUUUACGAUUACCUGUAUCAUCCUUAUUUGCAUUUAAUACUACAUCGCUUGAGCAAAUUGUAAAUGUUAGCCCACAAUUAUCAGACAUAUGUUUACAACGAUAUUUUAUAAUUCUUCUUGAUUCCAUUGACAACGAUCUUUUGUUACAAUUUGAAGCAAAUCAUCGUAUAGUAUCUAUAUAUAGACGAGACAUAAUAUGUGAUAAUAGUCAAGGUGAUUUAAAUCGAAUGACAAAUUCAUUUCGACAAUUAACAUUAGAUUUAACAAAUGAUAUUAUUCGUUUUUUAACAUUGGAAGGUGAAAAACAAAUUAAAUUGGAACGAAUAUCUUUAGUGAAAAUUUAUUAUAAACAAGCACGAGUUUUGAAAGAAUGGGCUAUGUCACUUUUCAAAGCUGAACCUUGUCAUAUUCUUCUUAUUUCUUUGAAUAGUAGUCAAGAAAAUAUCGAUAGUGCUCAACAGAGAUUACAGAAAGUUUGUAAUAAGCUUGGCUAUACUUCAACGAUCAUUCGUCAAUUGAACGAUUAUAUACCAAAUAGUGAUAGACAUUUAUCACUUUUACCAUAUGCUAAACUACUUUUCAAUCAUGAUAACCCACAUUAUAUGUGUCGACUUAUUAAAGAAUUAUCACCCAUUCGAUUUUAUUUAUAUGGCAAUAAAUUAUGUAAUAUAAGUGAAUGGAGUAAAUUGAUGAUUUCAUCUGAACAAGCAAUCAUGGAUGAUGAAGAUAAUUGGUGUGCAUUUCUUGAAAAUGAACAUGUUGAUGAUGAAGUCAAAUGGAAUUUUGGUUUUAUAUUUGGUCGAGAUUGGAAAGUUAAACGAGUAGCACCACUUAACUUUAAUUAUUUGGAUGAAAACCCACGAUUUCAAUCGGCACUUCAUCGAGCUUACAAUACGUUUGCUGAACGACAAAUGGAAGUUACAGCAGAAAUAUUUGAUUGGUAUGAAGAUUGUAUUGCGCAAGAUUAUCUUCAUGCAGAACCUAAAUUGACUCCUGAACAAAAAGCAAGAAAAUCCACUGGACAGCGCACCAGAUUUACCUUCGAAUGGUCCGAAAAACAACGCUUUCGAUAUUUGUCUUCUUUUAACUAUUCGCAAUUAGAUUCUUCAAAGCACAAAUCGAUUUCAUUUAUCUGGUUGGAUGAGAUAUUGAAUGAUUCGGACGAUGAACUCAAUCAAGCGAUUAAACCAUAUCAAUGGAACUUUUUCAAUAGAGUGUCAAAUUGUAUAUCAUUCAUUGAACGACAAUUACGUGAACAGCGAUAUAUCUUUCUAAUUGUUUCAGGAACACUUGGUGAAGAAUUAUAUUCCACAGGUUUAUGUUUAAUGAAACAAAUUUUUGCUGCAUAUAUUUAUUGUGCUCAUCUUGGCUCACAUUUGGAAUGGAGUAGAGGAUAUUCAGAAAUUCAUGGAGUUUAUAAUAAUUCUAAAACACUUGCUAACAAAUUAAAACAAGAUAUUGAUAAACUUCAACUACCUUUAGAUGAACAUGAAACUAAAUGGUAUACUGAAUCAUAUACUACUGAUCAACAUUGUUUUAUACAAAAAGAUGAAAAUACACAAUUACCAAUUCCACUACCAUUGACUGUUUAUAAUUCAGAACAAGCUCAUGUAUUCAUAGCUCAUCAGAGAACAAUUGAUACUCUUCUUUGUAUGCCACAAACAUUGGAAUCACAAGCAGAAAUGUUUGCUGAAUUUCGUCGUAUAUAUAAUGAUAAUCAAGUAACUCUUGCUGCUAUUGAUAAUUUCGAAAAAACUUACCAUUGGAAUGCAGCUGUACAGUGGUACACACGUGAUUCUUUUAUUUGCAGAACAAUUAAUCAUGCACUUCGAACAAGUAAUGCUGAUACGAUGUUUAAACUAAGAUAUAUUCUUACUGAUAUGUGUGCUCAUUUGAAUGAAUCAGGCCGGCAAAGAUAUACAAUUUAUCGACCAUUUAGAGAAGACAUAUUUUAUCGAGGUCAAUCAAUGUCAAAUGAAGAAUUUAAUUCUUUCAAAGAUCUUCGAGGUAGUAUCAUAUCGAUUAAUACAUUUUUAUCAACAACAACAUCAAUGCAAGUUGCUCUUAUGUAUGCCGGGAAAUUUCAUGAAAAUCCCGAUUUGAUCUCAGUAAUAUUUAGCAUUGAAGCAAAUUCACAAGCACGAACGCGUCCAUAUGCUAAUAUAUCACAGUAUUCAAUGUUUCCCGAUGAAGAUGAAGUUCUAUUUGCCAUGGGUAGUGUCUUUCAAAUCUGUAAUAUUCGUGAAUUGCCAGAUUCAAACAAUAUUUGGAUUAUACAUUUAAAAAUGGCCAAUCUAGGAGAUUAUUAG